AUGGCGCGCCGCCCUAGGGUGACUCACCCUCCCCUACUCAGAACAUUAGCCAUCAACUUUCUCCUGGGAGCCGGCAUGCUCAAAGUCCUGUCCAACGCGGCAGGUAUUAUUUCGUUCCGAGCCGUAAUGAAAAAGGAGAUAGAAGUAACACAGGAAAAAGAUAUGAGCGGUGAAGAAGCCAUGGUGCUCGGUCAUAUCCAAGCUUCCGCAAACGAAGGAAUCUGGACCAAACACUUAAAGACUAAAACCGAACUGCACCAAACCGUCAUCGACAGGUGCCUCAAAUCACUCGUUCAGAAGCAGCUCGUGAAGGCUAUCAAAGCCGUCAAGCACCCAACGCGCAAGAUCUACAUGCUCGCGCACCUAGAACCUUCAGUCGAACUUACAGGUGGGCCAUGGUACACCGACAACGAACUUGACACGGAAUUCAUCAAGCUCCUCUCAACCGCAUGUCUGCAUUACAUUCGUGACCGUCACAUACAACAUUUUCUAAGUAAAAGCAAGCUCACGGAGACGCAAUUGGGCGUCGAACAUGUCGAAAUGCUUUUGAGAGUACUGGAGUUGGAUGGGGAGAUUGAGAAGUUACCCGCAUUCACAAUGCCAUGGGACGCUACAGUCGACUCCGACAAUGCAACUUCUUCAGACUCGCACUCGGACUCAAGCUCGGACUCAGACUCGGACUCGGACUCGGACUCGGAAUCAGACUCAGCUACUCGCAAGAAACGUAAACGCAGCUCGUCCGAAAUCCAAAUCCAAAACGCGAAAACGGCGUCGUACGGACAGUUCCAGUGACAGCGACGAUGACGACGAGUCUGAAGAAGAGCAUUUCUGCACCCUUACUGCAAUUCCUGUCGAGAUUUUUCACGGCCGUGUUUCCUGCAUUGGACCUGCACAUCGUGACUCAGCUGCAGUCUACUGCACGAAACUUCGUAUGAGUGCCUUCUCAACAUGACACCAGUACAUAUUACUUACUUCUUCCCACCAUGGUCAACACUAUCUAUUCGAACGAGACCACGAACACGACCAAAAGUCUGGUAUUUAACCAGUCUUCGGGUGCGGUUAGUGCAGACUCCGCUGUACAUUUUAGCGCCAAAGGUCUAUCCGCCCUCGCCCGGCGCCAUGUUACAUCAUCCCCCAAUCUCCUUGUUGCCCGCCACGUAUCUGGUCAUGCCCGCCACGUUCUCCCAGGCACCUUCACGCAUGACCUGCGGGAGAUACAGUGAUGAGGGGCGCCCUUGUGGCAAGCAGUAUAAUUAUGGGCAUGAUGCCCGGCGAGCAAUUGGAC